CUGACCUCUCCUCUCUGCUGAGCCCUAACGAUGCUUCCCCCAGUGGACAAUACCAGCCUACUGCCUUUCAGAAUGUAAAUCGGACUGCGCAACAAGCUCCACAGCGUCCACAUGAGCUGGUUCAGCGGCAAAUUGAGCAGAUCCACAAGGUCCUACAGGAGCACAGUCGACUGCUGACCCUCCUGGUAACAGAUCUGAUGUCUCCUGCCUUCGUGCCGUUGCAGUGGGUCGGCUUGCACCCUGUACUGAUGUCUCAGACACUCCCAGUUUUGCCAGUGUCACCUCCUCCGUGGUCUGAGGAUGGCCCAGUCUCCACAUGCCCCAGCCAGGAUGCGUUUAGAUCCAAAGAAGAGACGGCAGACCAGAGACACUUGCCUCCCACCACAGAGGCCGAUCAGACUGUGCACAGAGACCAGGACCCAGUCAGCCCUUCUGCUAACCCUGAACACAGGGAGUGUGUGGAGGAGCAGCUGAAAGUGCAUGAGGUGUCUGAGCCACAGCAGCUGCAGAACCUCAGUGAGAUGAUGAGGUUGACGCAGAGACGCUACUUCUUGCGGGAGCGUGAGGGCGAUUCCAGGAUGGACAGAACACAUUUGAAGGUCACCGAUCAGCAGGAGGCCCAGAGGAGCGCUUCCCUUGGCCGGCAGCCGACCGGCGGGAAGUUAACCUCUGGCAUCCAGAGGCGCUCCCCUUUCCUGUCCGGGGUCUUUAAAGACGAGGCAUCGCAGCUUGAAACCUUCCCGUCUCUGACCUUUCAGCCUGAUCAUGGCAGAGAGCUUGGGACUCCACAUGACUUUUGCCAGACCACCGAGUUCAGACAGAAGAAGACUCCAACAGAGAUCCAGGUGCUGGUUCGGGUCUGCAACCAAGAACAAACUCACUUCAACACUACUGUCGUGCCCCAACCUGAAACUCCACCUAUCCACCUACAACACAUCCAUCAACAUAUUCCUGCAGGCACAGAAGACGAAGGGAGCCAAUCACAAGAGAGAAAGUCCACGGAGAAAUCCCAUUUGAAAGAAAAAGAGGACGGCGAUGAAGAGACAGAAGGCAGAAUGAAUCAAUCCCUCUCUGAGCCGACACCCUGUGUUCACAUGCCUUUCGGGGUGAAAAGGGCGAGGCGCCAAGAAAUGGAAGUCAUGGGUGAAGAGGAAGGACUGACUGUUGACGAGGUAAAAGGGGCUCAGAGAAUGUUGAAGAUACACUCACCACACGUAACGGAAAUGGCACAAACAUCGAGUGGAUUUCUCAGAGAAAGAGCGGAUCAGGACGAUGAGGUGGAGAACAGAGAGCAGAGCCAGGGCGUGAGGAACCAACACAGUCUGCACAAAACUGGGGAAGUCCAGGCUCUCAGGCAGCAGAUGGAGGCCCUUCAGCAGCAGUUACAGCAGAGAGAGAGUGACUGGCUUGAAUUUCAACACCAGCUGGAGCAGCUGAUCAGAGAAAACUCUGAGCUGAGGAAGAAACGAACCGUUACGCCACAGUGCCGCCCAGUGGCCGGCCGGUGUACUGCACAAACACAAGAGUGUCAGUCAGAGGCCCUCAGGCAGCAGAUGGAGGCCCUUCAGCAGCAGUUACAGCAGAGAGAGAGUGACUGGCUUGAAUUUCGACACCAGCUGGAGCAGCUGAUCAGAGAAAACUCUGAGCUGAGGAAGAAACGAACCGUUACGCCACAGUGCCGCCCAGUGGCCGGCCGGUGUACUGCACAAACACAAGAGUGUCAGUCAGAGGAGACGCUUCUCUCCAACGGGUGCGGCCGUUUGACUUUGACUGACGGGACACGCAAAGUAACUUCUGCAGACCAGAAGACCAAAACAGUCACGUUCUUCAACGGCGACAUCAAACACAUUCUGGAAGACGGGAAAGUGGUGUAUUACUAUGCUGCUUCGCAGACAACACACACCACCCACCCAGGUGGGGUGGAGGUCUUUCACUUCCCCAACAAGCAGAUUGAGAAGCGACACCCAGGGGGAAAGAGAGAGAUCUUAUUUCCAGACCAGACCAUCAAGUAUUUGGAGCCUGACGGCAGCGAGAGGACGAUCUUCCCCGAUGGCGCCUUCGUUCACCUCUCGCCGUCAGGGGAGAAGAUGGUCGAUUUCCCCAACGGCCAGAGAGAAAUCCACACUUCCCAGUACAAGAGGAGGGAGUACCCUGAUGGGACGGUUAAGACCAUCUACCCCGACGGACGACAGGAAACCAAGUACGCGUCAGGCAGAAUACGCACCAAGGAGAAGAGACGGAGUUAACGUCUGACAU